CAGCUCAACCUCGUUCGGAAAACACCUCCGAGUGGAAGCAGUGGCGUUUAUACGUCCAGAAAAACGCCUUUAGCACCGUGUGGAAAUGCCAGUGUGCAGCUUCUUCCUUCAGGGCCGCUGUCGGUACGGCGAAAAAUGUUGGAAUGAGCACCCGAGAGGAGGAAGCAGGGGAGGUGGAGGAGGUGGAGGUUAUAACAACAACAACUACGGCGGCCGCGCCCCUGGGCAGCAGCAGUCUAGAAGUGGAGGGUUUGGAAACAGAGUUUGGGUGAAUCCUUCCCAGCAAAAAGGAAGCUACAUCCAGCCUUCAUCCUUCUCUCAAGGAAGUGACGACUGGGGUCAUGGAGGAGGGGGAGGAGGUGGUGGUGGUGGAGGAAGAAGAGAUAACGUGAAGAGUUCCGAAUUUAGUUUCUCAACUCAAAACAGAUUUUCGUCUCUUGAUACUCCCAGCAACUUUGACAGGGGAGGCCGGGGGGGAGGAGGAAGGGCAACGACGGGAGAAACAGCUGGUGAAGAAGAUGAUGACAAAAAACUGGAAAUCAUUCAGAUGGACAUGGAUGUUUGGGAGAAGUCUGGUCAGUGGGGAUUCUCCUGUUAUUGUAGCUUCAGGACGCCUAUAUCUGGUUUCAACGAUCUCUCUCCUGAAGAACUCAGGCUGGAGUACUACUCCACAAGAGCUUCAGGAGAUCUGCAGAGCUACAUGAACGGUGUCAAUCAGCUUUUCAGCCAGUGGCAAAGCAGAGUCAAGGAGUUAAAGAUUCUGAAUCCAGCCACUCGGGCAGCGCUGCUUGCAGAGUUAAACGGCACCGCACCUCAGGCAUCUUCAGGUGGCUUUGGCUCCACGUCAGCAACUGGAUUUGGAUCCUCUACCUCCAGCUUUGGAAGCAAAGGUUUUGGAGCCCCAGCACCUGUCCAGGCCAGCGGUUUCAGCUUUUCUGCUUCAAAUAGUGGAUUUGGUUCUGCAUCGACACAGUCAUCUUCAACAGGUUUUGGUAGCAUUUUAGCAGCUGCUACACAACAUCCUUCUGGGUUUGGCUCUGCAUCCUCGUCUGCACCUUCAGCGUCAACUUUCUCCUUCGCCUCCACGGACAAACCAGCAGCCGCUUCAGGAUUUGGAUCUGCCUCUGGAUUCAGUUUGCCCUCUACGGCAAGCACCGGGGGAGGGUUCGGUAGUGGUUUCGGGGUUGUAGCCCCUGCCGCAACAGGAAGCAGCAGUACCUUUGUGCAGAAGACUGCAGGAUUUGAGGCCACUCAACCCACUUCAGGAACUGGGACUGCUGGGGGGGCAUCGGACAGUCUGUUUUCUCCUCAGAGCAAACUGACUGAGGAGGAACUGAAUCAGUUCAAGGCUAAGAGAUUCACACUGGGACAGAUUCCGCUGAAACCUCCUCCUGCUGACCUGCUAGCGGUAUGAUACUACAGAGAAUAUGGGUAGAUUGUUAAACUAGAGAAUAAUUUAUCAAAUGUGAUUUUCUUCUUUGAAGUUCUUUUGUGCAAAUAAAUUUCACACUUCUGAUCAGUUUGGGUGGAAAAACUCGAUUUGGUCCAAUUUUUAAAUACAACGUGUACUUCUCCAACAGAUUGUAUUUUUAAAAGCUGUCUUUUGUCUUUAUAAAGUUCUACUUCUGAGUGAU